AUGCAUUUUUCUAGUUUGAUUCCCGCUUUGGGGGGUCUCGUGGCUGUUGCCACUGCCUCGCCUCACCUUCUCGGCCUCGGUCUCGACGUCGAUGUCUCGCUUGGAGGAGGAAAGGGCGCUUCAUCCGCUGCUGACACCACCUCCAAGGGCCUUGACCUCGUCCCCACCACUUCUGCCACUAGCCAGAAGAACGGCCUUGCUUCUUCCUGCAACUUGGCUAACAGCUGGGAGAACCAUGUUCUCUUCGACGGUAUCGCCGCCCCUGCUUCUGGCGCUGCUGCCGCCAUCAAGCUUGGUCUUAACCUCCCCAAUGCUCAGAUCGAGGGUGAGGCUACUCUCGAGCUUGUGAAGGAUUUCCUUACGGAGCCUCGUGUGCGUAUUGGUCUUGGUGCUAUCAAGGCUUACCUCGAGCUUGACAUUUCUGCUUCCGCUGCUGUUCACGAAUCCAUUGAACUUUUCGCUUCUUCUGCUCUCCAGCUUGAGGUCCCUGGUCUUCUUGAGGCUGAGGCUGGUGCCGCUCUCGCUCUUGACCUUGUUGUUGGUGUUGAUGCUGCUAUUGACCUGUCCGCUGGUGUUUACCUUUCCUUUGGCGAGGAGGCUUUCGUCGAAGUUUCUCUUCCUACCAAGGAGAUUGUUGAUGUCUCCCUCGAGGGUCUUGUUGCCAAGGCUCUCCCCAUUGGCGUUGGUGCUGAGGUCGACCUCUCUGCUGAGGUUUCCCUUACCCUUGGCCUCCGUCUCCGAACCGAGAUCGAUCUUUCUGCCGAGCUUGACAUCCCCGUUCUCGACAUCGAGGCUGGUGCCAAGAUUGCUGUCUGGGUCAGCCUUUUCGAGUACACUGCUGUUCUCGUCAACACCGACAACUGCGUCGUCUCCGUCGAUGAGCUCAUUGCUCUCACUCUUGGUCUCGCUGUCGAGCUCAACGUGGAGAUCGGUGACAUUCUCGACCUUAGCCUUGCUCCUACCCUGACCGUCACCCUUGCUACUGCUGCUCAGGCCAAGGUUUGCCAGCCUAACCGCGGUACUCCUGGUACCUUCAUUGAGAAGCAGGGUGGCCCUUCUACCACUCACACUCAGGUCGUCUCUCUGUCUACUGUCCCCGCUGGAGGCUCUGACUCUACUCCCGACUCUGCUCUUCCUGACGCCACUGGUUCUGCUGAUGCCUCUGGCUCUGUUGACGUUACCGGCUCUGCCACUGCUGAUUCUUCUGAGACCUACCCUGCUGGUGCCGAGACUACUGGUUCUGGCUCCGGAGCUUACCCCAUUCCUGGAUCUGGCUCUGGAUCAGCUGCUUCUGCCGGCGCUGAAACCUCUGGCUCUGGUGCUUCCGCUGGUGCUGAGACCACCGGUACUGGCUCAGGUGCAUCUGGCUCGGAGACUUACCCUGCUGGUGCUGAAACUACCGGUUCUGGAUCAGGUGCCUACCCCAUUCCUGGAUCUGGCUCCGGAUCAGCUGCUUCUGCCGGCGCUGAGACCACUGGCUCUGGCUCUGGUGCUUACCCCAUCCCUGGUUCCGGUUCUAGCUCUGGUGCUUCCGCUGGUGCUGAGACCACCGGUACUGGCUCCGGCGCUUAUCCCAUCCCUGGCUCUGGCUCCUCUUCCGCUCUCGCCAAGCCCCAGACCACCGGUUCCGUCGCUGCCAUCGUCCCUCACGGCAACGGCACUGCCACCGGCGAUGUCACCAGCACCGUCACCUCCACCCACGUCUACACCAUUACCAGCUGCGCUGCCUCCGUCAUCAACUGCCCUGCCCGCUACACCCAGAAGGUCGUCACAUCCACCGUCAUCGAGAGCACCUACGUCUGCCCCGCUACUGAGACCGGCGCUGUCCCUGCUACCACCACCGCCCACUCCACCAAGGUCCACGUUCCCGUCACCACCAUCACUGACACUCUCACCACGAUUGUGCCUUGCAAGACCCGAACUACCAAGACCUUCCACCCUCCUACUACUCCCCCUCCUGCUCCCACUGUCACCAUCGUCGACACCACCACCUACUGCCCCGAGGAGGGAAAGACUGCUCAGCCUUCCAUGGGCCAGUCUACUUUCCAGGUCGUGACCACUGCUUCCCCUAGCACCAAGGCCUAUGAGGUCCCCAGCCACGCUGCUCCUACUACCGAGGGUGAGGAGAAGCCCACUGCUGAGGUCCCUGUCCCCGGAAAGCCCACUGGUGGAUACCCCGUUCCCGAGAAGCCCACCGGUGGCAAGCCCGUCGCCCCUCCCGCUCACGGUGUCCCCUACCCUCCUAGCAACGGAACCGUCUCCACCCACGUUCCCGUCUACCCAGCUCCUGUUCCCACCACCGCCGUCCCCGUGGCUCCUGGUACUACCGCUGGCUACGCGCCUCCUCCCGUUGUCUCCCAGCCCGGAGUUGUUCCUCCCGCUCCUUCGGCUCCCGUCGGCACUCCCGUCCCUACCACUCCUGUUCCCGUCAGUGGUGCCAGCGUGGUUCGCACUGGCUUCAUGCUGGCUCUCCCAGUUGCCCUUGCUUUCUUCAUGUAG